AACAAAUCUUUUACAAGUAAUCCAAUCUCUCUCAACACCACAAAAAAAGAAAAAAAAAAAGUCUCUCUCCCCUGUUCUUCCUCCUGUUCUUGUAAGGUUUCAACAAAGGGAUUAAUUAAUGUGUCCAUUAAGGUUCAUCUUGGUGUUUUUCUCAGCUUUGUUGGCCGGGUAUUUUGCAUGGAGGACGGUGAGUUCUCCGCCGGAAUCCAGUUUCAACUUGGCGGGUCCUGGAGAUGAUGAAAAGAAAGAUAAUCAAGAUCAGCAACUCAACACAAACAAGGUUUUCAAGGGAAUUCAGAAUGGAUUCUGGGUAUUCGUCGACAUGGCCAGUGGGAGAUACUUGUGGAAGAAUAUGAGGGAGAUGAAGAAAGAUUAGCAGGUCAGGUCAUCUCUGUUAGAUGAUUUGGGUUCUUGUACUAAAUCAAUUGUGCCACAGAUACCUGUAAAGAUUUUUUUUUCAAGGGGACAAUUGAAAUACCAGAAGCAAAUUUGUUAAUUCACAAUCUAUGAUGAGUCUUUCAAUGGAAAUAAUGAAAAUCUUUUCUAUUCUUUAACCAUGCCAAAGCCUUCUUCCAAGAACAAUCAAUGGAUCAUAUCAUUCUCUAACAAUACCUUAAGCCCCCCGGGAAGGAUUGUUUUAGCUGAAACAAAUACGUAAUACGGUGUCGUGUUCUUUAGUUGAAUACAUAACCGGCGUCGUUUUCUUGUAUGACUUCGUCUCCGUAUUUUUACUCGGUGUCGAACGACGUCGUUAUAAACAAACUAACAAAAAAAAACCCGAGAGAGAGGGGACAAUCAGGAAGAGACAGAGAUCGAGAGAGAGACGGAGAAUGGUGUUGACGGUGGCGAAUGUAUCAGCAAAUCUAUGCCAAUACAUAGCCUGCAAUCCGGAGCGUAUUAGCAGCGAACGAGUCUUGAACCUUCUCUUCUGCUUCCCUUUCCAGCAAUUUCAUCGCCUCGCAAUCCAUCUCUGGAGCCUAAUUAGCUCUCAUUACAACACCACCAAUUCACCAUCCGAAGACGACGACGUCGAUGGUUCGCACGCUGAUUGAGCUCUUUCUGUAAUUGUUGUGUAAUAGAUCAUCCAUGAUGGAUCUGUUCGUCUUUUUCUGCUAAAAUUUUGAUCGAAGAUCUAUGGAAUUCCGUAUACGCAAUUGCCUUGUUUCGAUUUGAUUGAAAUCCGUUCUUUUUCUGCGAUAAUUGUUGAAAAAUUUCAAUUUUCACUGGGUCCCACGCUUUGGAUUUUGCUACCAGUACCAACCGUUGGAUUUAAUAUCUGAUCUUCCUCACACCCUCCAUUUUUUCUCAACCGCUCUUCUGUUCUGUUCGCUCUGAUAUAUUUUAAUAAUAUCAAAAAAUAAACACAAAAUCGAUAGCAAAAUUAGGAGGAAUGAAGACUAUUGUGGCGCCCUGGGCGACCUCUCUGAUUUCUCGCUUCAAUGUCUAUAAAUUAGAGUCAAUACACACUCCUCUCAUAUCUCGGUUUUGCCACUUCUCUCUAUCGACCUCCUCUUCUCGUCGAUCCCUCUCUGUAAUGGCCUCUUCAACGUCGACUACUCAGGCUGUGUCGUCUGGGGAAGUUGACAGCGAUGUCAAUGUAUUACAGAUGAUUCAAAACCAUCAGAAAUCGGCUGCUCGGCUUCCACCUGUGGAGGAAAUCAGAACGGUACUUGAUCGUAGCGUGCGCGGCAUGAUUUCGACUUUCUCUCAGAAGUAUGAAGGUUACCCAUCAGGGGCAAUGGUUGACUUUGCAUGUGAUUUAGAUGGAUCUCCAAUAUUAGCAGUGAGCAGCCUGGCAGUUCAUACCAAGGACCUGUUAGCUAAUCCCAAAUGCUCACUUAUUGUUUCUAAAGAUCCUGAGGACAGAACUGACUUAGUAAUCGUCGUGCAUGGUGAUGCUAUCUCUGUUUCUGAAGAAGAGAAAGCAGCUGUUCGCACCACAUAUCUCACAAGGCAUCCCAAUGCAUUUUGGGUUGACUUUGGGGACUUCCAAUUUCUGCGCAUAGAACCAAAAGUUGUGCGAUAUAUAUCAGGGGUUGCAACAGCUUUACUAGGGUCAGGAGAGUUCUCCAAAGAAGAGUAUCAAGCUGCAAAAGUUGAUCCAAUAGCGCAGUUUUCUAAGCCUGUUGCAUCUCACAUGAACAAGGAUCAUGCUGAAGAUACGAGGCUAAUUGUGCAACAUUCAACAUCAAUUCCGGUGGACUCGGCUUAUAUGCUGGAUGUGGACAGUCUUGGAUUCAAUGCUAAGGCUUGCUAUCAGGGGAACACUUUCAAGCUUCGGAUUCCUUUCCCUAGACGUGCAGAGCAAAGAAAGGAUUUAAAAACAUUUGUGGUAGAAAUGCUUGAAGCUGCUAAGACUCAAUCCAGUUAACUGGCCUCUAUGGGAGAAAACAAAAAGGGUGAAAACGUCCAGAAGCUGCAAUACAAAUAUGCGGUCUGGACUGGAAGACUUGCAAUGAAGACAUACACUACUAUAUGCAAAUUGACUUUGCAAUCUAUAGUAAACUUACUUUGAUAUAUGCGAUGGAUGUGGGGGUUUUUUAAAGUAAACAUUUUUAGGUUAAAAUGGGGUUGCUUGUUAUCCUCAGAGAUCAAUCGCCAACCACUGAAGAUAUACUGUAGAUCUUGUACUUGCAGAUAUCAUAUUUGACAAAAUUCAUGAUAAAAAUCUAAUGCGUCUA